AUGAUUUUUGUGAGUUUUGCAGUUUUAUCUACAACCACGAAAAUCUACAUUUGAGUCACAACUCUAAGCAAUAACAAUUAUGUUUAAAUUGCACAUGAGUCAGUCAGCCAGCCAGUCACCCAACCCACCGCAUUAACAAUUCAAAGUGCUAAAUAACGCUAACCAAUACAGACAGUAAUCUAAAGUGUGAAUUCUUGUUCUGGCCAUAUUCAUGCAUGUUUGUGGCAUUUUUCACAAACAAAGUUACUUACUAAAUAAGUAUGUGGACUAUCUAACCAGAUUUGAGAAGAUUCAAUUCUGCAUCAUCGUAAUAAACAUUUUUGUUGUGUGGUGGUGUGGCAGUUUUUCGACAUUCUGAUCUUGUUCGUCUGCUCUCCUCAUUAUUCUGCACAUUGCAAGAUUUGCUUUAAAAAGCACGUCUAAAUAUGAGGCAAGCCGUGGCAGCAAGCAGUUCCCUUUAAAGGUGGUUCACAAGGCCAAUCGUUAAUUUUCACGGUCCACCUUUGCCAAAAACUCUCAUCAAUCUUCAGUGCUUCUUUGACGAAGAGGAUGAUUAGAGGCGAGAUCUCAUGCACGUGCACCACUUAUUUUGGCGAAUUGUGUCUUUUGUGUUUCUCGCUUCAUUGAAGACUUAUUUCGAGACUCUUUUGUUUCUUGAAAAUGUGUGAUGAGUUUCUUGAGUAAUAUUCAAUUACAACUAUUAGGAUUCGUGAUUUAUUGCACUUGUGCAACUACACUGCGCAGCUCAAGACUCUGUUAAUACAACGAUGAGAGGAUUAAAUUGCUCAAUUCAGUGUGUGUGGAAUUUAUUUGCUGUGAUGGUGGUAAUCUAAAUCCAAUUGACUGUGUUGUAAAUACGAGAUAUCAUUUAUGGACAGUGAAGGAGCAGUCUCAAGUUUCUAUUUUGGUUUACCAACAGAUAUUGUGCAUCACUAAAUACUUACAUGCACACAACGAGUUUUAAGGUUUAUGACAAACUUGACACCUCAGCGAGAUUUGGAUUCGGAAUUCCACUUAUCUGCGUGUGCGUUGAACUUGCAUUCAUUAAAGGAUGAGACAAGAGACAAGUGCAUGGUGUCACUUUACUCGCAUAAAUACGAAUUAUUACGGAUGCCGUAUGACUGAUGUCACCGCACGAUUCUUAACCAUUUCAUAUUGUCAGUGGAUUAUUUAAUCGCGUUCAGAAGCAAACACACUAAAGGAAUCUGACUGACUUGCACAUUGUACGUUCUCUCUAAAAUUUAUAUGUGCAGUUAUCUACAAAAUCGACAAAUUCUUGUCGCCUUGUGUCAACCGUACAUGCUUCUCAACCACGGAGAAAACUUUGUCAAUGUUGGAUCUCUCAAGUUGUUGAAUAAUUCAUUCAUUUGAUGUGAAGAACUCCCAUAAAUGUCUAAAUCUGACUACACAUACGUAAAUUGCAAAUGUCACAUGAAGUAAGAGAAGGCAGGCACUCAAACUCUACUCUUUUGCCAUUUUUGUAAUCGAGUUGUAUGCCAAUAAACUGGGAGUAUGCUAUAAAAACGAGAAAAAGCCAUCAGAAACAUUAUUGUGAGGUCAGUCACAUUCACGGAUAUUUUAAACCAUCAUGUUCGGAGGAGAAUCCAAGCGUAAAUCUAGGAAAACAUUUGGAGGAGGGUCAAGUGGAGCAGUGAAUGUGCAUCACGUUCAUUUUCAACAACCUACCAUCAUACCUGGUCGGCGGCACGGGAAUUACAGCAAUCAGUCGAGUGAGGCCAACAUGAAGUGGUUCGGUUCGAAAGGAAGCGACGGUGGACCACAACUCCUGAGUCUGUCUCCGUUGCGACUGGAGGAUGAGGAUGACACGAGUGCUUUCUUCCCCCCUUCCGCCCCAUCAACUCCAAGCGAAGUAAAGCGUCGCACAAGAGGACGAAGCAUUUCCCCCUGGUUGAGACGAAAGCUGAGACAAGACUCGAUUGACGAAGAGGUGGAUGACAACUUUAGUCUCGCCUCUGUGGAGAAGCGAAGUGGGAUGUUUGAUGACAAAAAGUAUCGACACAUGUCAUACUCUGGUGGAAGGAUAAGAUGUUGGUCACCUCAGGGAAUGGGUUACCCUGGAGGAAACACAAUCGGAGUCGGAUUAGGCCCAUCGCCUCGAAGAACCCCACUUUCUCAACUGGACAGAAGAAAGGAUUGUGUGCCAGCUCCGAGUCCCCAAUUAUCUCGCCCCUCUCCUUGUCGGGAGAAUUCAUCCAUGAAUACCGCCACUGAUUUCUCCAUUUUUCGCCCCCAUGGUCAAGACAGACACGGGUUCCCGUUGAAAGGGAAGCCAAGGUUGAGUGAAUUUCAGCCCAAAAGUUACGCCUACAUCUCGGAGGACUACAACAAGAGACCCUCGCUGAAUACUGAUACCGUGGUUCGGAUCCCACCUGGAUCCUACAACGAUGACUGCGACACUGUGAGCAUGAAUCAAAUGGAAUUUUCGGAUGAUCAUCACUUCCGACCUGGACUCUCGGACUCAUUGAGACGAAGUCAUGAAAACAGCCCUUGUCUCAAGAGAAUUGUUAAUCGACACCAUGUCAAUUACCAAUCUCAAACCCUAUCUCAAGGCCUACUUCCAACUCAUUCAAAUAGACAAUGCUCACAAAAAGUAGUCAACCUCCCCCCACUCCCAUUGCCGCCGUCUAAGCAUCUCACCAUGAGGGGAGCAUCACCCACGCACAAGAAAUCUCCACACAGUAGUCGCAGUUAUCUCACGGAUAUUUCCCCAUCAUCCUAUGAGCAACUAAAACUUAAAUUAAAAGAAGUUUCUGGCAAAGUUUCUUCUAGCCGCUUGUUUUCAAAGUUUUACAAAAAUGAUAAACUCGGGGGUGAAAGUAUGAACAGCAGCAGCAGUGGCAGUGGCGAUAUUUGCAGGAGAAUGAGUGCUAGUGAUGAUGUGUUGGAUGGAAGAAAAAUGAGGAGUUUUUCCUUUGGAGGGAUCGCACAGGAAGACGCAUCAGAAUACGAAAAAGAGCAUCAUCAUCAUGAACUUCGUGUUAACCCUUUGUUUGGAAUGACGGUCAACGAUAGUCAAUCAUACGAUGACGACGUGCCAUGCAGUCGUGGCGGUGGUGCCAGUAGUGGUUGUGACGGGGGCAAGCACCGGCGUUCCCAUUCCUCGUCUUCGCCCAACUCUAUGAGCUUGAGUGUUCCCAGAAACUUGGACUUUAUUACUUCAAACUCGUCCGCAGCCUCGUACCACAGUCAUAGCAGUCAAGGAAGUGGAAGUAACCAUUCGGAUGGCGGCGACAGCGGGAUUGUCAAUGAAACUGUAGAUGGUGGAUCUCUUUUCCAAGAGUCGCUCGCAAAUGACUUAUCUUCUUGCUCCAAUUCCAAUGGUUGCUGUUUGGUCCGAUUUCAUGGGGACAGUCCUUCGUCCUUUGCCUCGUUGCGAAAUACAGCAAUGCCGGCUCAUCCCAAAAAGAGCAGCAGCAGUUACUUUGAUUACAAGCGUUCCAGACAUCAUAGCAGCUCGUCACUAAAAAAUGACCCGAGUUCAGCCUCCUUAAACUUUAUUGCGCCUUCCUCCCGGACCCAUCUCGACAGUAGCAGCGGUAGUAAAUCCAUGAGAGGGAAUCAGUCUUUACAGGAUUUGAAUUUCCAGAAUGAACAAUUCCUUAAUUCCAGUGAAAAUUCACCAAAGGCUUCAGUAGAGUAUAAGUUGGUCCGGGUCCGGAAAUUGGGACCUUUUAAGCGAAGAUCGGUCGUUCCGGAUGAAAUGCACCGGGAGUUGGGAAUUACACUGGAGAAAAAUUCUGCCGAAGCUAAUGGUUACAUCCUCAGAUUUAUUCAUCCUGAUUCCUCUAUUGCCAUUGUCAGUCAAGACGAACUUCAACUUGAGGAUGAGAUAAUUAGCAUCAAUGGGAAGUUUGUUCGUGGUUUGAGUCUCUCCGAAGUGUACAGCUUACUGUUGAGUGGUCUCAAACGAGACCUGGAUCUCGUCAUUCUUCGACAUCAGUCCAUGACCCCUCCACCCCCACUGCCAACCUCCCCUGCUCCCCUCUGCAUCCUUCAAGAGUCACAAAACAAGACCAUCAUUAAAAUCUCGUACGAUGAUGGUGAGCAGCAUGAUUUGGAGGAUUCUCGAAAGCAGAGUGAACAUGGGAGCAAGAACAGCCUUAGGAAAAACAAGGGAAAUCGAGUUGCCUUUGAUGAUAAUGCUAGUCGAAGUGAUAUUAAUUCCGCAAGACGCAAGUUUGUCAACAGCUUAAUGGAGUCGUCAUCCAACACGGCCUCUCUCGACUUGGAGUCACCCAAUGGUGGGAUAAAGAGUAAGGACGAGUCGCCGUCCUUUUGCACCCUUCCACGUCGACCCAAAUCCUCCUGUCUCACCUCAAUGACCAUUGUGUUUGAGAAAGGCAGUGGUAAAAAACCCUUAGGUUUUACCGUCGUCGGAGGGAAGGAUUCACCCAAAGGAGACAUUGGCAUAUUUGUCAAAAGUAUUCUACCCAACGGUCAGGCUUUCGAGGACGGGCGACUCCAAGAAGGAGACGAAGUUUUAUCCAUUAAUGGAGACCCGAUGGAACAACUCACGCACAACGAGGCCGUCAAUUGCUUCAAAAAAGUGAAAAACGGACCAAUUGUGAUUCAGAUCAAUCGGCGGACCAAGAGAAAGUCCAGCUUAAAAUCUAAAUCAUGUGACAAUCUCAUUGAAGCUUAAUGAAAAGGAUGUUAAAAUAUUGUUAAUAAUUUUGUACCAUGUGAAAGGGGUAAAUAAUGUAACAAUAAUUGUUAUUAAUUGGUUUAUCUACGCGCAUGUAAGUGAUGACUUAUGAAUUACUGUCCCAAUGUGCCUCCGCAUUCGAUACGAAUUCGUUCUAAAGUCGUCGCCCAAAUUCGGAACGCACUCCGGAUUUGUCGCCCUAGUUGUGCCUGGUACGAAUUCGAAAUCCGAAUUCGAAUCGCCUGCGUAGGCUCGAACUCGGAACGAAUUCGAAAUGCUAAUUCUGAUCGUCAUCGUGGCUUCGAACUCAGUACGAAUUCGGGAGCCGACUCCAUUCCGAUGCUCUUCGGAUUAGUGAAUUAUAUAUCUUAAAAUAUGCUUUAUGAUGAUGCUUUUUAAUAAAAUAUAAAGUCAGUGCA